AUGAGCACUCCAAUUGAAGAAGUUUCUGCUCAUCUAAAAGAAUUCAACUACGAGGAUUGGAUUUCAGAGUUAUCUAAACUGACGGAAUGGGUCUACAGUUUUGGCAACCAGCAUUUCCCGUCAAGUAAACAACAGAGAAUCUUUGACAUCGAGCAUCAAGUUUGUUUGUGCAUCGAAGUUCUCAAAUCAGUUCCUCAAGAGAAGAGGGAAUUAAAUCAUGAACGUGCAAUAUUCGAUUAUCUAAAAGGAAGGUUUUAUAAUGCAAUUCCUGAUGUUUAUAAGGAGGAAGCAGAGCGUCAUCUCGUGAAUGCUACUCGAUUAAAUCCGCGUUUGCGGGAUGCUUGGCAUUGCCUCGGCAGUUGCUUUGUCAAGAAAGGGCAUAUACAUAGAGCUAAAAGAUGCUAUCAGACUGUCCUUGAAAUGGGUGAAGAAAGUAGCAUAAUUUUACAUAAACUUGCAGACCUUGAACUGAAGUUUGCACGAGUUUCUGAAAAUCCAGCCAAGCACAUUGAACAAAGCAUCAAAUAUGCCCAAAGGAUGAUCGUUCUGGAUGACAAGGAUGGAAUUUGUUUAUAUAUCUUAGGAUGUGCACAUUUCACUUCCUUUCUUCUGACUGGAGGACGGGAUCACAAUAAUCUUCAACUGGCAUUAGAGGCAUACGAAAAAGCUAAAAAAAUUGUUGCAGCGAAGGCAAACCCACAUCUUGAAUACGACUGUAGCAUGGUGAAUAGAUAUCUGGAGAACUACAAGAUGUCGCUAAUUGGAUUUUCAGAUGCUGCAUCAAUGAAUCCUGCUAGUGAUGCUUUACAUCAAAUGAAACUGACGCUCCAGCUUCUUGACAAAUUAGAAGGAUUACUUCAGUGUAAGCGUAAUGACAAGAAUAAAGGGAAGAGUGAGGGAAAGAGUACGGAAACAAACUUGCUUGCCCUGAUCGAAUCACUUGCUAAUAUUGAUCUGAAUCCUCUGUACAACAGAGCAACCAUGGAUCUCUUAGAUGAAGGCCCUAACAAACGGAUUGCAGUUAUAAUGGCAGUAUGGUGCUUAGUUAAAUAUGAGUAUAAAGCUCCAGUAUACUAUAUGCUCUGUGACUCUGAUGAGAAUAGUUUUGUACUUAUAGUGUUCGGCAUACUGAAGGAAGCAAUUAAACAAGGAGAUCAGGUCACACUAUUGGAGCCCAUUUGCAAAUUUAUUGAUUUUGAAUGGGAAGGAAAGCACUAUCAAUUCAAGUCUGUGCGAGUUAAUCUUCUGGAACAAGUCCUUGUAAAUGGAAAUGCCCUGCCUCCUAAUUCUGUCAUUCGUGAACCAAUAUCAUACCCAUAACUGAGGGCAAAAUACUCUUGUCUAUUACAUGCAGAUGUGUUAACUUGUAAUGAGAU